CAAAUCUGAGGCUUCCUUAAAUGCCACAAUCAGACUGUCCCUCCUUCCUCACGCUUUCAUCUUUCCUUUUACUCGUCCUCCAUAGAUUCUUCCUUGUUCUGAUCGACAAUCCCAAAGCACAAUAAACUGAUCACUACUGCCUUCUUCUUCUUUAGCGCUCCGUUUUUGUUUGUUUUAGACAAUGUUUCUGGCCUUUUGCAAGAAACCCGUUUGCAAAAGCUUUUCAUAAAUGUCCAAAUUUUGCAGUUAAAGCAAAAACAGCCUCCUUUUAGCAUCGAUUUUCGAAACCCAACUCGUAUUUUCGCUAAACUUUGCAUGCCUUUCUAGCUUUCUCAUUUUAUUGGCCUUUUUUUUUUUUUUUUUUGUCUUGUAGAGAUUGUUUUAUUCCAAUCUCUCGCUUUUCUCCCCAACAAAAGCUAGCACAGCGAACCGUCAGGCUGUUUUUGAGCAAACAUUUGUCCUAUCCUUGACUUGUUUUUGUGGUUCAAUGGAGAACGUGGGAGAUUGGGAGCAAAAGAAUCUUAUACAUGAGCUAUCACAAGGGAGGGAGCUAGCUAGACAGCUCCAAAGCCAUCUCAAUGUGCCAUCUUCAUCGCAAGAGACCCGCGAAUUCUUACUCACAAAGAUCUUGACUUCCUAUGAAAAGGCACUCUCAAUGCUCCAGUGGAGCAGCUCAGCGGGUGAGCCACACUACACAGGAGGUGCAAUUUUACGAAUGUCCGAAUCCCCACCUUCUCUAGCUGGUAGUCCACGGAGCGAAGAUUCGGAUCCGGAGCACAGAGAUGCCUCUAGAAAGAGAAAGACUUUGCCGGGGUGGACACAACAAGUGAGAGUUAGUCCGGGUACGGGACUUGAAGGGCCUCUUGAUGAUGGCUUUAGUUGGAGGAAAUAUGGGCAGAAAGACAUUCUUAAUGCCAAAUAUCCGAGAGGCUACUACAGGUGUACUCACCGAAAUGUCCAAGGUUGUCUGGCUACAAAGCAAGUUCAACGAUCCGAUGAAGACCCAACUGUCUUUGAAAUCACUUACCGAGGAAGGCACACGUGUACCCAAGCCUCCCACAUAAUUCCUCCCCCAACAUCUCCUGAAAAGCAGGAACAAAACAACAACAUGGUCGGCGGCCUUCAGCAGAAUCAUCAGCAUCAUAACUACCAACCGCCAGAAAAUCAGCAGCCACCACAAGAAACCCUCUUGAACUUCCAGACAACCCUCAAAGUCCAAACCGAAAACUUAGACACCCACGAGAAAGCUUUCCCUUCAUUUCACUUCGCUUCUACAUCGAACACUGAUCAGGCUGAAAAACAAGCGAUUCAGGCAGCCAUGAUGGAUAGCAAUUUUAUGGGAAGCUAUUCUCCUUCCUUCAUGUCUCCGGCAACAUCUGGAGCGAACUAUUUCUCGGUUUCUCCAAGUGGGAUGAGUGGCUUUGGAGGGAACCAGGAGCAUUUUCCGAGUUGUGAUCAUGAGCUGACAGAGAUGAUAUCAGCUGCAACUUCAGCUACAGAUUCUCCAACGGUUGGUUUUGAUUUUCCAUUUGGUCAGGAAUUCGACCCCAACUUCACAUUUGACAACGCCGGAUUCUUUUCCUAAUUGCAUACAUGCAUCGAUCGCUGAAAGAAAUAAAGUGAAUAUAGCAGUAGAUGUACUGAGGUAUACUUUUUUAGCCAAUUGUAGUUGAUGUUCCUAGCAAGUUAAUUAUCAUGAGGAGAGAAAAACUCAUCUAUAUACAUGCAUACGUGGUAUUUAUAUAUAAAUACUACGUACUGGAAUGUGGAGGUCUCCUCCUAGCUUGCUAGGAAAAUUUUGUUUGGUUGCAGUUUGGAAGUGCUCUCAUGGCUUUUAAAUGCAAAAUACUCGUUGAUUUUGCUCCAAAAGCUUAAUAUGUACCUUCAAGAUGUUAACCUGAUAGUGAUUUUAUUUUCUGUUUGUAUUAGCAAUGUAAUUUGCUCCUUUGGAUAAUUGAGGAUAAGUGGGAAGGUGAGUAAUUAGUACUGUUUGGGUCCAUAAA